AUGCCCGCGAAGACCGUGGUUUCGUCUUCCACAGAUAAGGCUCAACAUGGGUUCUUCCCGUACGCAAGGUACACCUCCGUCGUGGGCGUGCACACCAGCCUUGUAGCAUUCACAGCCCUCUUCCUACCCCAGACAUCUCUUUUACUCUGGCCAUCGCUCGCAGACCCCGACCGUCCAGAAACCCAAUUUAAAGACGCACUGACAAAUAACCCAGUCAUCACACUCGCUUGGAUCGUCGCAGGGCUGGUAGUCCUUCAAGUAUGGUGGGCGGGCUGGAUCAGGCAUUGGUGUUUCGAGUAUACUUCUCGUGCUGUUUCGAGCGAUCAGAUGAAAGUGGAUAGGUAUCAGUUCAAUCGGGGGAGAUUCUCGAAAUUAGGGAGAGUGGCUGUCUUCACUUCGUGUGUAGCCUUGGUGUUCCACGCAACUAUAAUAUUGUUCGGUGCUCCUUCUGCAAGCCACCUCCCUCAUACAUUCUUGCUGGCGAUCGUUCUGGCACUACUAUCCGUAUUCGCACCAGCUUAUGCACUGGGUUACCCCUCGUUCUCUUCCGACACUUCGUCGUUCAUCACCAGACUUAACUGGACACGUUUAUUCGCCGAGCUUUCUCCACGAAAUCCGAUAGAAAGAGCUCUGGUUUAUCCCGCUGUCGCGACUCUCUUUGGCGCUUGGCUCGGUGCUUUUCCAAUCGCACUGGACUGGGAUCGACCAUGGCAGGCCUGGCCGCUAACGCCUCUCUUUGGAGGGAUCACAGGCUAUAUAGUCGGAUCUCUCUCAGCACUUUCCGUCAGCGCACUAAAAUGGCUGGCCGAGGAGAAUAUCAGAAGAGAACAAUCGGAGAAACAGAAAACCACCUGA